CACAGUAGUUACAGACUUACAGUAUCUUCACUCUUCAUACCCCUAUAACUCUCUUAAAGAACCCCUACCCCUCCCCUAACCCUACCCCGUUAACCCUUUUCUUCCAGGCACAUAGAUAGGGACCUCAUUUUGGCCUAUUUCCUUCUCUUUGAAGGGAUAGAUAGCAUUCUUGAAAACAAUAAUUAGAGAGUUAAAGCUUUUGUGAUAGAUGCAAGAAUGGUUGCUGGCAAAGUAAAAGGUGUUAUGGGUUUACAGAAAUCACCUGCAAAUCCAAAGCCAUCAAAGCAAGAUUCAUCACCCAAGCCUCCAUCUCCUCCACCAAGCAAUACAAAACAACAAACACCCAAAACUACUACAUUUUCUCGUUCUUUCGGUGUUUAUUUCCCUCGUUCUUCAGCCCAAGUCCAACCUCGUCCACCAGAUGUUGCAGAACUCCUACGUAUAGUCGAAGAGUUGCGUGAAAGAGAGUCACGUUUGAAAACAGAACUCCUUGAAAAGAAACUGCUUAAAGAAUCAGUUGCUAUUCUUCCACUGUUGGAGAGUGAGAUCAAUCUAAAAGAUUCAGAAAUCGAUCGGAAGAGUCGGAUGAUUGAAUGCUUAGAAGUGGAAAACGAGAGACUUAGAGAAGAAGUAGAGAUAUUACAUAUUGAGUUAUCGAAACAAAAUGGGAGGUAUGAUGAGAGGAUUAAAGCUAUGGAAGCUGAGAUUUCUGAGCUUAAGAAAGCUAAUGAAGAGUUAUCUGUAACAAAUGGUGCACACAACAAAGCCAACAUGACCAAGUAUUUAAGAAAAUGCGUUACUCAACCUAGUAUUACUGUGACUACUUCAAAACAAGAGGAAAUUGUUAGUGCAAUGGAAAUAUGUGAAAGGCCUAGACAACAUUCUCGUAAUAAUUCAGAUGAGUUAGCUGAGAUAUCUGUUGGGAUUAUUGGUUUAAGAUCACGAGUUCCACGUGUUCCUAAACCACCACCAAAACCAUCAUCAUCGUCGUCUUCCUCCGUAUCUUCAUCGUCAUCUUCACCUUCUUAUAGUUCAUUAUCAGAUUCAGCUGAACGUGCUUUAGCUGAAAUUUCCAACAUUCCACCACCUCCACCACCACCACCUCUACCUAAAGUAGCAGCAGUUCCUCCUCCACCACCACCACCGCCACCGCCACUGCCGUCUACAGCGGUGUCUAAAACAGGUACAGCACCACCACCACCACCACCACCGCCACUACCAGGUUUAAAGCCGUUACCAGCAAAGGUCAGGCGAAUACCUGAAGUAGUUGAGUUUUAUCACUCAUUAAUGAGGAGAGAUUGCCGGAGAGACUCCGGUGCCGGAGUUAGUUCCGGUGCCGAUGGUCCAGCCACGGCGAAGGAUAUGAUCGGAGAAAUUGAGAACCGGUCAGCGCAUUUACUAGCGAUUAAAACAGAUGUUGAGACACAAGGAGAUUUUAUUAGGUUUUUGAUCAAAGAAGUAGAACAUGCUGCAUUCAGAGACAUUGAGGAUGUUGUGCCUUUUGUAAAAUGGCUUGAUGACGAGCUCUCUUACCUGGUUGAUGAAAGGGCUGUUCUGAAACACUUCGAAUGGCCUGAGCAAAAGGCUGAUGCAUUGAGAGAAGCUGCAUUUGGAUAUUGUGAUCUAAAGAAACUUGAAUCUGAAGCAUCGUCCUUUCGUGAUAAUCCCAGACAACCCUGUGGCACAGCUCUUAAAAAAAUGCAGGCCUUAUUUGAGAAAUUAGAGCAUGGAAUUUACAAUCUGUCAAGAAUUAGAGAAUCAGCUACAAAGAGAUAUAAAGUCUUCCAAAUUCCAAUUGAGUGGAUGCUGGAUAAUGGUUUUGUUACUCAGAUCAAGCUGGCAUCAGUAAAAUUAGCCAUGAAAUACAUGAGGAGGGUAUCCGCCGAGUUAGAAAUGGUUGGUGGUGGUCCUGAAGAAGAAGAGCUUAUAAUUCAAGGCGUUAGGUUCGCCUUUCGAGUACAUCAGUUUGCGGGUGGUUUUGAUGUGGAGACAAUGAGGGCAUUCCAAGAGCUGAGAGACAAAGCAAGAUCAUGCCAUAUACAAUGUCAAAAUCAGCAACAGCAGCAACAACACAAAUAUGUUUGCAGAUCUACACCAUGCUAAUUCAAAAUCUGUAGCGAACUCAGCUUCAGAAUGCUGUUAUUUUUGUUGUAAAGAGUGACAUAACCGUGUCCAUGUGUAUGUGAAUAUACCAAUGGCAGUAGCCAUUUUUCUGCAUAAACAUUUAUUAAUUUAUUCAUAAUUUGUGCGAAAA